AUGUCAUCACCUUCAUCAUCAACAUUUUCAAAAGGGAAUUUAUCAAGAUAUGAUCCAACCAAAGUAAAUCUUCUAAAAGUUUGUUUAAAAUCGUUCAUUUUAGGUACAUCACUUUCAUUCAAUAUAAUUUGUUUAAUUUUAAUUCAUUUCAAUCAUUUCCAUCCAUUCCCAUCAUUUUAUAAAAUUCAUAUAUAUUUCAUAUUCUUAAGUAUAUUUCAUAUAUUAGAAUUUAUAAAUACCGUAUUAUUUAAUAAUUCAGAAGUAGAUGAUGAUUCUUUCAUACUUGAAGAUACCGAUUUAUACAUCACAACUUCCGUUUCCAUUCUUGAAUAUAUAAUUCAUAUCAAUUUCAUACCUGAUAAUAAAUUCUAUUCCUUAGUAAGCAUUUUCGGAGUAUUGUUAUUCCUUUUGGGGCAAUUUAUCCGAAGCUUCGCAAUGUAUACUGCCCGAGAAUCAUUCAAUCAUUAUAUCCAAAGACAACAUCAUGAACAAAAACAUAAAUUGAUUACUAAUGGAAUAUAUUCAAUAUUUAGACAUCCAAGUUAUUUCGGAUUUGGGAUUUGGUUUAUUGGAUUAGAAUUAUUUUUGAAUAACUGGAUAGUAUUAGUGUUUGGUGGAAGAGUAUUAUGGAAGUUUUUUAAAGCAAGAAUUGAAUUUGAAGAAAGUUAUUUGAUUAGUUUUUUUGGAGAUGAUUAUAGAAAGUAUAGAAAUAGAACUAGGACUUGGAUGAUGAUAUAG